CAUCACCAAUAGUCUCGACAAUACAUGUGUAGACUAACUAGAGCGUGCAGGGGGUGUUGAACAGCUGACAUAUGACGUCGCUCGUGGCUGUAGAUUCCAUGCAUGCUUAACCCCGGAAUGUUUGACCAAUACCCCGGAUUUAAGUCCUCCGCGGCACGAUAUCUUACAAAGAGGACCAAGACGUUCAAGCUACAUAAAGAAAGCAAAGACGAGGGAGCAAAAGAUAGACUCACCUCACUCUCAUAAACUUGAACACACAGUACUUCGAGCCCCUCGUAAUGACUUCCUACCUUAUCACGGGCGCAAGCCGCGGUCUUGGACUGGCCAUGGUGCAAGCGCUCGUCUCGCAGCCUGCAAACCAGGUCACCAAGAUCUUCGCAGCGUACCGCACCAAGACAGAUGGCAUUACCGAGCUCUCCUCGUCCCACAACGGGAGGGUCGUCCCCGUCAGGAUGGAUGUCACCUCCCCGGACGAGAUCAGGGCUGCUGUGACAGAAGUCGAGAGGGCGCUGGAAGGCCAGCCUCUGGACGUCCUGAUCAACAAUGCAGGCGCGGCGCCUACCACACCCGGCGGUAUUGUAGAAAUGAAUGACCUGACUGCCACUUUGGAUCUCAAUCUUGUGGGCGUGCAGAGAGUGACGCAAAGCUUCAUGCCCUUGCUGGAGAAGAGCGCCGUGAAGAAGAUUGUCAACAUUUCAUCAACGAUGGGCUGCUUCGCGUACCAGGAGUACUUGGCUCAGGUCAAGACCCCUGCGUACAAAGUAAGCAAGGCAGCUCUCAACAUGUUGACUCUGCUAUGGGCCCAAGAAUAUGGUCCCAAAGGCUAUGUCAUUGCCGGCUUGUCGCCUGGUUAUGUUAAGACGGAUCUGAGUGGCGACGCAGCCGACCUCGAGGUCUCCGAGGCCAUUCCCGCUAUCAUGAAGGCCAUCGAGGGCAUGAGUCCGGAUGACAAUGGGAGGUUGCUGGACAUCAAGUUGCCAGGAUGGGAGCCCAGGUAUCUUGGCGGACCGCAGCCAUGGUAGACGCCCGUGGGUACUUGCCGGAGCGUACAUGUACAAGUACGGACUGAGCCGAGCCAAAUUUAGCGUGUUGAGUUCGCAGUCGCAGCUUUGAGGUGGAGAAUGACGUUGCGAUAUUCAUGCUGGCAAAGACUAUAUAUAUGUCUGUGCAGCGCCGUGGACCGUGGCCAGUGUCUGGACCGGUCUUAUGGAGUUGGUGGUUGAUAGGAUCCGCAACUGGGGGGCUCGUAUUCGUGCAUGUCGAACGUGCCACUGGACACAAUUGCGUGUCGAGAACAUAGAAGGGGGCAGUGUCGGUUAGUCAGGAUGCAAAAUCAAAUUUUUGUGUGUCAGAGCGCCCUCUUGCUUCCGGGCUGGCAGGAUUGAAUACAGGUUGUUGUUCAUCACCAUGG